AUGAGAAAAGAAGCAGAACCAGUUGAAAGAUCCGCAGAGGAGAUUGAAGAAAAUUUGUUAGAUUCUGAUUCUGUUGAUAACACUAAUUGUUCUAACUCAUGUGCAGAAUCAGAAAUAGUUGAAGAACAGUCCAUAGUGAAUGAUGAACCACAUUAUGAUGUUGCUGAUAAUUCAGAUGCUAUCAAUCAUGAUCUUGAUGUUUGGAAUUAUGUUAUGUCUUAUGUUGCUGAGGCUUAUGGUGUUCCGACUAAAACUGAUGAAUCUGGUGCUGUGAUUUUAGUUCGUGAUGAAAAUGUUUUCACAAGGAAACCUGAUGUAUCGACUGAUAAACUAGAGACCUGUGUCUCAAGUGACUCAGAAAGUCAUACUGAUGGUUCAGACAACUAUUCUAGUGUGCCUGAAACAUCAGAUGAUACAUCAGAAACUCAUGAAGAGGGAUCAUCUGAUGAACCUGACAGUCAAGUUGCAGAUUCUGGUACAUCAGACAACGAGCGUAGUACUUCUGAGAAUUCUGAAUGUGCCAAAUACUCAGAUUUAAGUAGUGCAACGCCCGAAGAGAGUCAAACAGUUUCAAACAUAGACUGCUCUUCGCAUGAGAAACCAGAAUCAGCUGAUGUCAAGGACUCGGAGGUUGACGAAGCUGAAGAAAAGAUUUUCGCCGAAUCCAUUUCUGAAGAAACUAAUGGGAUCUCGAAGAUUGAAGAAAAGAGGUCCAUAGACAUUAAUUCGUCAGUUGAUUCAAAUGAUGAAACUGAAGAAGAGAUAUUUGUGGAAACCAUUUCUACCAAAACUCCUGAAAACAUGGUUUCUGAAGAAAAGGAAUCUGUGGAAGUAAAUUCAACAGAUAAUUCAACUUUUGACCCCAAAAGAUCAGACUCCGAAGAAAGUGUUUCUAAUGAAACAAAAUCUCCUGAAUCUGUUCCUUCUAAGAAGAAAAGAUCACGUAAAAAUAGAAGACCACGCAAAAAGAAAGUUCGAAAGGAAAACCUAAGCCUCGGGCAAACUGAACCUAAGCUGAAGGGUAAAGCUGUCGAUACUUGCUCUUGUGUUGAUAACUGGCACAUUGCUAGAAAUUGUGUUAAUCGGCCUUUCGUGCCUCAUUACUCUAGUAACACACAUCAUCAGAAAGCUAUCCAUUAUCGAUCAGACGGAAAUCGAUUUUCUCAGGCCAAGCCUUCUGAUGGAGACUGGAAUCUAGCAAAAAGGAACCAUCAAAGGUUUUCUAACACAAAUGGGUUCCAAAGACAACAAAUGGAGUUAAAAGUCUCAUCUGUAAAGAAAAAUGUUUCAAACAACAUCACUGACUCUAAGAUUUGGAAGCCCACGGUUCUUGCUGGAUCCCAGUCUCACUGUUCACAACCGUCAACAUCGACGUCUUCACCUCAAACCUCAAAUUCUACCAAAAAUUAUAUGAUCUUUCGUGAGGUUUCAUAUACAGAUAGCGAUGGUCAACUCAGGUCAACAAUGGCCUGGGUUCCAGUUUCUAAUUAA